GGUGAUUCUGUGCCUGCACCGUCUGUUAUCAUCAGCACUCAAACCUCAUGGACGAACUGGACUGGUGAGCUGUCAGCCAUGGAAGAGACAGGAUUAUGCUGUGGCAGUUUGAAAGAGCCUCCUGUCCUGAUGAAGAUGGGGCUCGUCAAGAUCCUCUUGGGACAUGUCAACUUUUUGCUGGCGGCGCUCGUGCAUGGUGUUGUGCUCCGACACAUCAACCUUCACAAGCAGGCACGAGCCAUGGAGUACGCCAUCUCUAAUGUGGUGGCACUCACAGCUGGCCUUGUGGGAGUCAUCGUGGGCAUCCUGACUAUCAUCCUCUCUAAGAACAAGAAGAGCAGAUGUCUGACGCUGUCUGUCUUCGUUGUGGGUUUGAUAUCUGCUCUCAUGGCCGCGGCUUCGGCCAUCGGACUCCUGGUGUCGGUAGUGAGGGCCAUCAUUCACGGGGGACGCAGCCUGCUGACACAUUGUCGCUUUCCUGAUGCCAUUGGCUACUCCAGCGUCACCAACGAGUGCCCUUUUGACCCCACACGUGUUUAUAGUACCACCCUGGUCCUCUGGAUGCCUCUGAUCGUGACCUGCGUGGUCCAGCUGGUCCUCUCCGCCCGCUGCUGUUCUGUCUGCGCCUCUUUCUUGGGUCUACCGUGUCGACCUCACGUGAAGCAUAAACCCAGAGAAAGCAGAGGGAUCAAUGUCGUGCGACCACUAGAGGACGUGUCUCCAUCCAGGAGCAACAGAACGAGCAGCGCCCCUCCAACACGGUAUUCCCGGGCGCCGUCACAACACUCGGAAGCUCCAAGCUACAGCACCCCGCCUCAGUACUCUACACCCCACAGGCUUGUUCGAGAAUAUUCUAAUAAUCAGAGAAGGACUCCGCACAGCAAACACAGCAGUCUUCCUCCCCCUGAGAGGCGACCCAUCUACCCAGCAGCACAAGACCCAACACACAUGAGCCCGCCAGAGCAGCAGCAGCUUCUCAGCAGGGGAACUGUCGACAGGUCCAGCUUCUGGAUUUAGCCUUUGAAACAACCAGUGUGUCAUCUGGAUUGACUUCAUGAUCCUUUUAAAACACCGGACCUUUGACUGGAGGUGGAAUUUGGGAAAGCGCUGACUGCUAACCGUGAUGCCUGUAAGUAUUUCUAUGUCUCCCCCAGCUCAGAGAGUGAAGACUGCCGACAGAUUUUAAAGCGUUCAAGAUACACGACUAUGUUAUUCAUAUAACUUUUUAAUGCAUUUUUAUCUCUACCUCUCAUGACUUGCUUAACAUCCAACAUCAUCAGGAUCUGUUUGCCAACGGUCUGCUUUUUUACAUUUUGUUUUACUCUUGUUUCUUGCUGACUAAAGUGAACUCUGCUAUGAAUGAAUUUUAUUUUGAAAGGGCAGAAGGCAGUCCUGUGCCGGACGCACUGGGAACGUCACGGUGGUGACAAAUGUACACUGAUGAAAAGUCCUACAAACAUGUUGGUUUUAAUAAAUGCUGGAUUAAUGUGGAGAUUUUUACGACUGAACUUUGAGUUCAGCCCUUUAUUUAAAUAAAGAUUUUCUAGUCUGAAAGCA